AUGGGCAGCCCAACUCUAGGAGAGCCAUGUAAUAGUAGCCAGAGCACCGCAAGUUCGGAUAUCGACACAAACGCAGCCACUCCAUCGCCGAAUACAAGAGAAACGACGCCUCUACAGAGUACAACCGAUGAUGAUUCCAUCCUGAGUACGCCGAAAUUCUCUCCAAAUAUGAGAAUACUUUUGGAAAGCUGUCGGACAGACCGGGGAAAAUUCUUACGAGAGAUUGGGGAAGCCAGAGCAGUGCUCCCAACGGGGCAAGGCUGGGAGGCUGCAAUAGCUACGAAGGUUGACAAUGCUAAUCUACGGGACCGGAUGAAGAUCUACCAUAGGUUUGAGUGCUACAACAUCUACAAGCAUGUUGUCGAGGCUGGGUAUCAUACCGGCACCCACUGGAUCCGGGAUAUGCGCACUACCCUGGCGAACAAACUGUGUCGGGAGUUCCCGCAGCGGUUCCGGGACCAAAAGGCUGCGAAUAGGAGCUUGAACUGGGUUGAUCAAGGCUGCAAAUAUCAUGAGUGGGCCGGCCAUUUCAAGCGAAAUAUAACCGACUUGGGCUAUCUUAUUGCACUUCCUUUAGACGUGCCUCAUUCAGCAUACACAUCAAGAUGCACGAAGGAGCGAAUGCACGCAAUCGCCAAUGAGUUAAAAGGCCUAGGGAUUGAGGACCUUGUGAUAGAAUUUGAACUUACAGCAUUGGGUAACCACAUUGCAGUGACAUUAAGGGAUCUGACAGGCAGGAAGCCUAGGGGAGCGCUUGGUAAGCUCUUUAAUCCCGGAAGGAUAUAUUAUGAUGCUUACAUGUCUGAUUCAGGAGACACGCCCCAGGAUUCUUGCAACUCUCCGCGUCCGAUGCCUGGCUUCAGCGGAUUAUCGAGUCAUAUCCUCACUAUACAGCCGGGCCAAAACCCCACCCCACCCGAGUCGCUAAUUGCCAGUUUGGACACUAGGAUUUUCCCCUCACUGGAGAUGGAAAUGGAAUUGGAAUACCCCGUGAACCGUCGCUCCUUAGAUCAUCAUGCCAGUGUUGAUGUCUGCCGUUCUAUCGCGGAAGACUGGGCUGUCCCAUUGAACGAUCCAUUCGAAAAUAGCACGACUGACAUUCCUGGGUCACCAAUUUUGAACACCCCUCUUCAAACAAUGGAUAUGAACCAGUCUGCCUAUUUAAGGCCAGGGUCCAGUCCUGGGUAUAAUGAUGCACUGGGGCCAUUGAAUGAGUGGGAUUGGAAUACAAAUUAUACCGAAAGUCUAAUGCAAUAUUGA